GCCCGUGUGUGUUUCCAUCUGAGUGCAUCGCUCUCUCUUUCUCAGUAGCCUACUAGUGUGUGUGCGUGUCUCAGUGUGUGUUGUCACUCUCCUCCAACCUACUCCCCGCUCAGCAUGGCCAGAUUUACACAGAGUGAAAGCAGAAGGCAUCAGCAGCAGCCGCCUCAUCCCGCCCACGUCAACCUGCUUCUACAGCAGCCGCUCUUACUUAUCCCUCAUCAGCAUCAGCUCGAUCACAGCCCGGUUCCGAAGCCCAUGAACGGUCCCGAAAUCGUCUCCAUGCACACAGACAGCGGCGCCAUGAAAGACCAGGACGCCAUCAAGCUCUUCAUUGGACAGAUACCGCGGAACCUCGAUGAAAAAGACCUGAAACCUCUCUUCGAGCAGUUUGGGAAAAUCCACGAAUUGUCUGUUCUGAAAGACCGAUACACAGGCAUGCAUAAAGGUUGUGCGUUUCUCACCUACUGUGCCAGGGAGUCUGCCAUCAAAGCCCAGAAUGCAUUGCAUGAGCAGAAAACCCUACCUGGGAUGACUCGUCCCAUCCAAGUGAAACCAGCUGACAGUGAGUGUCGUGGAGAGGACAGGAAGCUGUUUGUGGGGAUGCUGAACAAGCAGCAGACUGAGGAGGACGUGUAUCGCCUCUUUGAGCCCUACGGUGCCAUCGAGGAGUGCACCGUGCUAAGAGGUCCUGACGGAAACAGCAAAGGUUGUGCGUUUGUGAAGUUCUCUACUCACUGUGAAGCUCAGUCUGCCAUCAGCUCCCUGCACGGGAGUCAGACCAUGCCUGGAGCGUCGUCCAGCCUGGUGGUGAAGUUUGCAGACACAGACAAGGAGAGAACCCUACGGCGCAUGCAGCAGAUGGCUGGACAGUUUGGCAUCUUUAACCCCUCUGUCUCUCUACCCACAUUCAGCAGCUACAGCAGCUAUACACACGCUUUGAUGCAGCAGCAGCAGGCUGCGGUGAUGGCCGUGUCUCAGGGGGGCUACCUGGCCCCCAGCCUCUCCUUCCCCUCCGCCCAGCUCCACCAGGUUGGGGCGCUAACCAUGAAUGGCCUGCCGCCCAACCCCCUCAACUCCGUGUCAGUGAGUUUUUAUUCCCCCCCUGCAGGUCUGAGCUCCCCUCCGGCCACCAUGCCCUCCUCCCUGCCCAGUCUGGUGACCCCCAUGAUGAACGGAUACACGGGCCUCGCCCCCCAGGUUAACGUGCACCCUCUGGAGACCCUCUACACCAACGGCAUGCCCCCCUACUCCACCCAGAGCCCCACUGCUGCAGACACACUGCAACAAGCCUUUACUGGGGUACAGCAAUACACAGCCAUCUACCCAGCAACUACACUGACACCUGUAGGUCAGUCUCUGCCACAGCACCCUCAGGUCAUUGGCCAACAACAGAGGGAAGGUGAGGGACCAGAGGACUGUAACCUGUUCAUCUACCACCUGCCCCAGGAGUUUGGGGAUAACGAGCUGAUGCAGAUGUUCCUGCCUUUCGGCAAUGUCAUCUCCUCCAAGGUAUUCAUGGACAGAGCCACCAAUCAGAGCAAGUGUUUUGGCUUUGUGAGCUUUGAUAACCCGGGCAGUGCCCAGGCAGCCAUCCAGGCCAUGAAUGGUUUCCAGAUCGGCAUGAAGAGACUUAAGGUGCAGUUGAAACGUCCCAAAGACGCCAGCCGUCCCUACUGACACCCCCCAGCACAGGUUUAAACAGAGGUAUGGAGGAUGUCUUUGAUGGAAUAAGACAUUUCGUGAAGGAGCAAACUCAAAAGUUAUUCUGUUUUUAAAACAAUGGAAAAUUGACUUCGAAUGGGAGUUGGGAAAAUAUAUCCUUUCAUCUUCAAACAUAUCUGACUGGGAGAGGAAGGAGGACUCGCAGCUCUGCAGCAGUGAAAGUUUGGCAUUACAGACGAGAGAGCAAUGGGAUAGAACAAGACCUUCAAAACAAACUUCUUGUUUUGUUGUUGUUGUUGUUGUUGAUACAAACAGAAGAAACUUUGAACAUUUCAGCAUCUUUGGAGACUUGGUAGUGAAGAAGAACACCCCAAACAGACUAAAAUAAUAUGGAUUUAUGAUAGACUCAAAGAGCAUAGUGAACAAGACUUCAGGAUUUUCCUACCAUGUAAUGGACGAAUAAAGGUUCAAACUUGAUCUGAGGAUGGCCAGUAUAUCUGGGAAGAGAUUCUUUCUCUUUUUCUUUCUUUAUUUUUCGCUCUCUCUCGCUCUCUCUGUCUCUCUUUCUCUAUCUCCUCUUUGUCCUUACUCUGUGAGUCCCAAGCUUGCAACUUUCUCAAGUUUCCAUAACCAAGCAAACUGCACCCCCUUGGGAUCGGAGGACCAAAUGUUUUUAUCUUUCUCUUUAACUGUCAUGUACAAAAUACUAACAAUCAUAAUACAAAAACACUAUACUGCUUAGUUUAGUGCAAACUAACAAUCAAAAAUAAUUAAAAUGCAGUAUUCUACUAUAGUGGAAUACAUAACAGUGACAGAAAGGUUCUUUAGGUCAGCAUUGGAUUAUUCACCAUCAGUGUACAGCUGACUACUAAGCAGUAUGUAAAGUAUGUAAAUGUGAAAUUGGAUCAUGUAGAAGUCGGUUGGAGAGGUUAGUGAGGAAAAUGUUGCCGCAAGCUCUUUCUGUGGGCUGGAAUACAUAAUGGAGCAAUUGUUUGUUUGAGAACCACCUCUUAUCAUCUGUUUACUGAUACACUUCAUCUUUGGGCACUCAGUUUGACCCUUGAACUCUUUGAGUUUUGUCUCCCUCUGUACAGCAAACACUCUGAGCCUCUGUUCUAUUCAAAGUUGCCCGUAGGCACAGAUCUAGGAUCAGCUCACUUUACCUGAAUAUUAACCUUAAAGCUGGAAUCCGUAGUGGUGAAACUGCCACAUCCGUUUGCAAUAUUACAACAACAAAGACGUUACUUCAAACAAUGAACACCGUUUUUUUCCUUCUGACAUCAUUGCAUGCACGAUAGAACGGCAGAGUAUGUACUAUGAUUCCUUUUUUUUUACCACAGUGCAGGAUGCUCCUCUGCUCCGUUUAACAAAAAAAAACAUUAGGAAGAAAAUGCUAAACUGUCCUCAGAUCAGUCUGUAGGGGCUAUGUCAUCCUAAUUCAUUCUAUUCUGACUAUAGAGCAAAGGCCAUUGGAUCACAUUCCGCUUCAGAAGCUAACUGCAGGUCUCGGGUCAGGGGUUAAAAACACCAGGUCAGGUGUGCCUCAUGCAGUAGAAUGACUAAUACUAUACUGUACAUGUAUAGUGUAAUGUUAUUAGAGUAUACAGUUGAAGUCGGAAGUUUACAUACACCUUAGCCAAAUACAUUUAAACUCAGUUUUUCACA